CAGUAAAAAGAGAGUAGUGACAUUGAUCAGAGGGAGCGUAUGGGAGAAGCUAACCUGCUUUUCUCGAGGUAUACGCCAUACUUCUUCCGAAUUGCGUUUCUUCCAUCAAUUCAUCUUCUCCUUUAAAUUUCUUCCCCUUCGCUUAUCUUCUGAAGAAAUCAAGUGUCUCAUAAGCUUAUCAGAGCUAUCUCCUUCCAUUAUUCAUUCUCAUCUCCUCCAAUUUGUUCAUUCAAUAAAAUAAAUUGGAAAUUCCGCCUAGGGUUUCUAUACGUCCGCUGAACCAGGGGGCGACGACACAACCACAAGCUGUGACCAUGGAUUCCGGCAGGUCUGGAUUUUAAACAGCGGUGGCUCAUAUCUGCGAUGGUACCGCAAGCACCGAUGACGAAUGUGGGUCCUACUUCUUUGUAAGUCUAUAUGAAGCUCCUGAGCAACAAUUUGUUGGUUCCAACUUCUGUACAAUAAUUGGUUUUAAGAUGUAAUCUUUGGGUACUGCAACAGAAUAAAAGGUCUUGGCAAAUUAGGAAGUGGUUUUCUUGAAUUUUUCCUCUUUUUUGUUGUUUUUUGCUGUAAUUUGAUUGUUAUUCACACUUCAUAAAAAAGAGGUUGAACUAAACUUGAAGGGGGACAUAUUUAACUUUAUUUUUUGUAUGAUGUUAUUCCUUUAUCUUGGCAGCAAAGGGAAAAUCUACAUUUUGCAGUGAGGACAAACUAGAUUCCUUACCUACAAAUAUGUAUUUUAUUGGCCUCCAGCUGUGUGCUAAAUUUUGUUGCUCAGUUGUUCUUUUGAAAAGUAAAAUGUUAAUUAUUGAAAUUGAGCAAGGCCACAAGAAAUCGAGAUGAAGAAUUAGAAGAAGAACAAGGUGAUAAAGACCAUCCACUCCCUAUGGCAUUUAAAGGAAAAGGGUCAAAUGUAAUAUUUUCAAUUUUUUUAAAAAAGACUUGCGUCCUUAUUAGCUCAGUUUUAUUCAUUUAUAACUGAUUCAAAGAAUAAGGGUUAAAUGGUAAUAAAUUUAUUCUUAAAAACGAUACUUUUUAAGUAUAUAGUUUUUAUUUGAAUUUAUUGUUCAUAGAUUUUGUGUAUAAUUUGUUGCAGUAAGAGGUUGAAGUGGAGGAUAUAUUUGAUUAUUGGGCAGUUGGAUAUUUGCAGUGGCAAAGCAAAGAAUUCUAUUGCGCUAUUUUUAGUAAAAUGGAGGUGAUAAUUUACACAACACACUUCACCCUCUUUCUAAUAUAUAGACACCUAUAUUUCUGUAAUUCUUCAGGUGUUUUACCCACUUUAGCAUCUUGAGUUCACAGUCAUGCUUUUUGAUUGCUUGGAAGCUUACUUUUUACUGUGAAAAUAUCUUUUUUACUUCAUCUUUCUAGAUUUAACUCAAUGAACGUUUGUGGGAUAUGGUUGGAGAUUCCCACUGGCCUAUCCUCUCUUCCAUGGCUACGCCCAACCGGGAGUCGAAAACCAUGGACCUGAUUGAGUGUCGAUGGCACGAGCUGGUCGGGGAGAUGCCCAUGAAGGUCUGCUACCCUGGGAUUAAAGGGCACGAGUGGCGCAUUCUGACUAGGUGUGACCCAAAGAACACCAGGUGGACCUGCCACAAUGGUGGAUCUUGGCCGGGAGAAAACUUUAGCUGGUGACUGCAGCUUGCAUCAAGACAGGGAGUCCUCAGGUGGCGAGACGGGCAGAUGAGCAGGCAGAGGCAAAGCUGCCGAAAUACGGGUGGCUGGAAUACUACGACGGGAAGUGGGGGAGGUUCGUGGGGAAGCAGGCGCGCAAACACCAGAUAUUGAUCCAUUGCAGGAUACCUGGUGGCAAAGAUGAUGCUAGAAGACCCCACACAUUUGGGGAUGGUGGCCAUGGAAGAAGAAAAGCAGUCCAAACCAGGUAUUCAUCAGAUCCUAUCCUCUUCCUUCUGAUGAAUUUAGCUUUUGCGCAAGCACCAGAUAUUUAUUUAAGUGCUUUAUUUGAAGUUUGAAUGAAACUAUUAAGACAUUAAUAGUUCUAUAAUAUAUUUGGAUGUCAAUUGAGAGUUUUCAGUUUUUAAAUGCAUUUUCUUAAGAAAUAUUUGCACUAAAUAGCACUAAAACUUAAGUCAUUUCUCUAAAUAGCACUUAAAUUAUUUUAUUCCUUAAAUAGCAUUUCAUAAUGACCAUAAUGUCCAGUGAUGGCGAAUAUUUACUUGAAUAAUGACUAAUGGAAAAUGACUAAAAGUGCUACAUUGGAAAAAAACACAUGUGAUGCUAUUUAGAGAAAAUCAUUUUGUUUUAGUGUUAUUUACGUAAAUUCCCCUUUUCUUAAUUACAUAUGCAUCUUUAUCUAUGAUUUUUUCUCAAUAUGGCAUUUAAAAAAAAAAACCCAUGAAGGUAUGCUCUAUAUUUGCCAACUAUUUUGAUAUAUCAAGACCCAUUAUGAUGACAUUUUGUUUCUACAUUCUGUCACUAUUUUGAUACAUCAACACCCAUAAGAAUGUAUUGGGAUUUCAGUAUUUUUUUAGGUUUGAGUUUGGUCAUUAAUGAGUUCUUAAUCAAACUACUUCAACAAUUUUGACCAUAUCAUCCUACUAAAAAAAGCUCCAUUUUUCUUCCAAGGAAUGAAUCCAUCUACAUAAAGGUUUUGGAAUUUUCAGUGAUGUUUCAGAGAAACAAGUCCUUAACAAAGGAGGAAGUGAUGGGUAUUGGAGAUUAUAGAAGAAGAAGAAGCAUGAGGACGAGUAGAAAGAGCAGUGCCCAAGAUCAAGUUCAGCUGGUAGUGCCCAGAUGAAGGACAUUCUUCUUGACACAAGAACAGUCAGUGAAACCAUUUCUUUGGAGAAACUGAUCCACACACAUUCUGGUGGUUUGAGAUUAACUCUCCUAUACACUUUGGACUAUAUUUACUGUCAUUCUUAUGGAUACUUUUGUGUGUGUGUAGGUGGGUAAGUAGCAAUUGGGCAGAUCUAAACGAACCACCACCGGAGGAGGGAGAUUACAAGUACAUUUUGCAGUUUCGUGUGGCAAACAAGGCAGCCAAAGACGACUCAAAUCGCCACAAUUAUCAUGCCAGGAUCAGCCAACCAUGAAACCACACCACCGCCACGGUGCCACCACCUUCUUUUGUUUUUGUNCAUGCAAAGCAUGUAUUUUAAAAUCACAGAGUACUAAAGGGCUAUCUUUCAGGUUGAAAUUAAGAAACACUAACCUGAAGUUUUCCCAAGAGAGAAGAUAUCCAUCCCUGUGAUAAUGUCAUUUUCAGAGUUCCAAACAGAGUCUAUGAUGACAGAGCAAUCUUGGUUU